ACAAACACUCUUUCUCUCACUCUAAAAGAUGUACGAAUUGACGGAGAUAGUAAGCUACUUACUGGUGGCGGCGGUGGCGGCGUGGUGGGGAUGGGGAAUUCUUGAAUGGAUUUGGCUCAAACCCAGAAGGAUCGAGAAACAUCUUAGAAGCCAAGGUUACCGUGGAAAUCCAUAUAAGGUCCUGUUUGGUGAUUUAAAAGACUUUUCUGCCCUUUCCAAACUUGCCCGUUCUACCCCUAUCUCUCUCUCCGACGACAUCGUUCCACGUGUUGUCUCCUUCCUUCACAAAACCAUCAACGCCUAUGGGAGGAAGACAUUCAUGUGGUACGGACAUAUACCAAGAGUACACAUUUUGGAGCCAGAACUUGCGAGGGAGGUUUUAUCAAAGAAUUUCAACUAUCUCAAGCCCAAAACUAAUCCUUUAAGUAGACUAUUGGUUACUGGACUUGUUACCUACGAUCUUGAUCAAUGGGUUAAACAUAGAAAAAUUAUCAACCCUGCUUUCCACAUGGAGAAGUUAAAGCUUAUGCUUCCAGCAUUUCACGUGAGCUGCGUUGAGAUGAUAAGUGGAUGGGAAAAGGCAAUGGAGGAUUCGAAAGAAGUGGAUGUCUGGCCACAUAUACAAACCCUAUCAGCUGAUGUCAUUUCUAGAACUGCUUUCGGUAGCUCUUAUCAACAAGGGAGGAAGAUUUUUCAGCUUCUCAAGCUCCUAGCUGAACUCGCCGCUCAAGUUCUAACCUCAAUAUAUAUUCCGGGAUGGAGGUUUUUGCCCACAAGUAGAAACAGGAGAAUGAAGAAUAUCGAGAAACAAUUGAACAAGUUACUCACCGAUCUUAUCAAUAAGAGAAUCCAGGCAUUAAAAGCUGGAGAAGCUACUAAUGAAGACUUACUAGGGAUAUUACUAGAAUCCAACUUCAGGGAUGAGGGAAAAUAUGGGAAAGGGGUGGUGGGGAUGACCAUUAAAGAGAUUGUUGCUGAAUGCAAGCUUUUCUACUUUGCUGGUCAAGAGACUACCGCGGUUUUACUUGUUUGGACAAUGGUUCUAUUGGCUCAUCAUCAAGAAUGGCAACAACGAGCAAGAGAUGAAGUUUUUCAAGUAUUUGGAAAGGAUGGAAAACCGAAUUUCGAUGGACUUGUUCAUCUUAAGAUUGUGACAAUGAUACUUAAUGAAGUGUUAAGACUUUACCCGCCAGUGCUUCAACUAAGCAGAAUCAUUAAUGAAGACAUUAAACUAGGAGAAUCACUUAAUUUGAAAGCUGGGACUAUGGUAACUUUGCCCAUAAUACUACUUCACCAUGAUAAGAAGAUUUGGGGCGAUGAUGCUAAAGAAUUCAAACCAGAGAGAUUUGCAGAAGGGAUUUCCAAGGCGACAAAGGGUCAACACUCUUAUUUCCCGUUUAGUUCCGGACCCAGAGUUUGCAUAGGCCAGAAUUUUGCUUUGUUAGAGGCAAAGAUGGCCGUGGCGAUGAUCCUUCGAAGUUUCUCGUUUGAGCUUUCUCCUUCUUAUGCUCAUGCCCCUUACCCUAUCAUCACCACUCAACCUCAGUUUGGUGCACCCUUGAUUAUGCAUAAACUAUAGAAAACUUGUCUUCUUUUUUCACAUAACUUGUUUUAAUUAUAUCAUCAUUGUAAACUUUCA